ACAGCAAAAAGAUUAGAUGCAAAAGGAAAAGUCAUGGUAUGCCUUUGUCCAUCUCCUGGUCAGUCCAAGCAGCCGGCUAUCGCCUCAGGUCUGCAACUGCGCAUGCGCAUCGCAUAGGGAGAUGGGGUGGAAACGGAUAUAAAAGAGUUUCAUAAAUAACAGGCAAAACUGGAAUGAGCCACAACACAACAAUUGUCAAUCGCUGCUGCCUCAGCCGCCGCCGACGUCGCCUCAACUUUUUGCGGCAUCGAUUUUAAGGGCAUAUUCACAUCCUUUAGCCAAGUAUUAACAACUAGCGCAACCAGUUUGCUGAUCCCGUUGAUUGUCUAAUGUCUGGUAGACGUUAUUAUUUCGGAGCUGAGAAACGUUACAAUACCCCCAUCGAGGGCGAGAAGAAGGUCUGCCAGGAGGAUGGGCCUUUGUACCCUUGCGACAAGAACAACAACAGCAACAACAACAAUCACAGCGGCAAUGACGACACACACAAUGAGCCGGACGCCGACAAGGACGACGACUCUGAGUUCCUGCAAGAUGUGCCAUACUCGUCCAGCAGCAUUGACCGCAGCUCAGUUGGCUCUAUACCCUGGGCCGAUGAUGCCAUCAAGAAGAACAAACAGGAUUGGGAGCGCGUCGACCGAAUGUUGAGCGGCGAGGAGCCAUUGCCGGAGCUGGAGCCAGAGCUGCGGAACGAGAUCCUCGAUUGGCAACGCAAAUUUCCUAGUUUAUUAGCCCGCAAAGCGCAGCCUCUGAAGCACCAAAGUGUGGACAGCAGUCGCCACAACACGCUGCCAGAUGAAGCCGGCGAGAUCGAGUCCAUAUCAGAUCUUAGUCUCAACUCUCUGGAUGAGUAUGACGAGAGGGAUGAGGACGACGACGACGAAGACGACGGAUUCCUCACACCAACAGCAGCGAGACUUCGCCAGCGCCAGCACGAAGAGCCCCAUCACAUGGCAUCCAGCCGCACCUAUCUGCCUUCUGCCCAAAAACUUGUGGCCAUGCUCGAUAGGGAUUUGCACAUCACCUCGGUGGCAGUCAAGCUGCGGAAGCGGGAGCGCGCCCAGCAGCCGCCUGCCCCAGUCACCCCACAGUCGGCUACUGUGGGCCGCUCUCGUCUUCGGAUGCCGCCCAUCCUGAAUGUGCUGGACUCGAAUCGACGAUUUCGCGGGCUCCUCAAUAAUCGAAGCUUUGUGCAACUCACGCAGGUGCAGCACCAUCAGCAGCAGCACCAGCCCAAGUCAGCGGCCCUGACGUAUGCCAGCAGCGCAGAACGACGGCAACUGGCGGGCGUCAGAUCGGCCUGGAAUAUGCCCAUGGCAGCCAGCCGUUUCCUGAACAACAGGCAUGCCAUCGUGUUGCCCUCACUGAACCGCCACAGAGACUUUAGCACGACUGCCACCUCCAGUCAGAGCAUAUCCAGUGGAGGUGCCACGCACAAUGGAAUCGCCAUGGACAACCAUGCCAAGGGCAGGGACUACAACAUGCAACAUUCCCGUCAGUAUGGCCUGUCGCUGGACCAAGUCACAACCAACUCAAACACGCCCUCAACCGGCCGGUCGAUCUCAGCGGCCAUUCAUCAUCCUCGAUCGGAGUUUAACACUAGUAGUGCCUUCUAUAUACCGUACAGUGCCUCAAAAUUCAAAGCCUUUAAAUAGCCAAAUCCGAUAUUGUAUACAACAACCGUUAGCAAUAAAGUUUGGCUUGACUCAGGCAUCUAUGUAAAUGCGCAAGGGUUGAGAAAUAAGGAACAGGGAUUAAAG